AUGGCACUUUUCACAGCGAGCCAGAACCACUUUCUGGCCCAUGAACCCGGUUUGAACCGGUUCAGAGUGGUUCGAGCCCAACAACAUAUGCUUCUCCUUGAUCACCCGAAAACCAAGACCGCCAAUAGGGCUACACGUUUAGCUGAAUCACUUUCACAUGUCCUUAACCUACACCUUCACCCCACUUCACACAAACCUUUAGACUUGCUAAGUGUUCACGAAGAGAAACACUCUACUCCGACCAUGUCUCCGAGAGAGAACAUAUCCGAAAAGUGGCGUGAAAUUCAAGGAUUUUCCGAUUGGGAGGAGAUCCUAGACCCUCUUGACCCGUGGUUGCGUAGAGAAAUUGUCAAGUAUGGAGAAUUUGCGCAAGCAACCUACGAUGCCUUUGACUAUGAUUCUUUCUCGGAAUAUUGCGGGAGUUGUCGUUACAACCGAAGCAAGUUAUUUGAGAGAUUGGGUCUUGAUAAAAAUGGUUACACAGUGACGAGGUACAUAUAUGCCAUGUCUCACGUAGAGCUGCCACAUUGGCUCGAGAGAUCACAUGUUGCUGACACGUGGAGCAAGGAUUCGAAUUGGAUGGGUUUUGUGGGUGUAAGUGACGAUGAAGAGACACGUAGGGUUGGGAGGAGGGACAUCGUGGUGGCGUGGCGUGGCACCGUGGCACCGUGUGAGUGGUACGAGGAUUUUCAAAGGAAGUUGGACCCAAUUGGGCAUGGAGAUGCCAAAGUUGAACAUGGGUUUCAAAGCAUCUAUCGUUCCAAGAGUGAGGCCACAAGGUACAACAAGUCAAGUGCCUCGGAACAAGUCAUGAAGGAAGUGACAAGAUUGGUGAAGUUUUAUAAGGAAGAAAAAGGUGAGGAAGUUAGCAUUACAAUCACAGGACAUAGUCUAGGAGGAGCUUUGGCUUUGCUCAAUGCUUAUGAAGCAGCAACUACAUUUCUAGACCUUCCAAUAAGUGUGAUCUCUUUUGGGGCACCAAGAGUUGGAAACAUUGCCUUCAAAGAGGAAUUGCACCAAAUGGGGGUGAAGUUGCUGCGUGUUGUGGUGAAACAAGAUUGGGUGCCAAAAAUGCCAGGGCUUUUGUUCAAUGAGAGGCUAAAAAUGUUUGAUGAACUUACGGGGCUAGAAUGGGUUUACACACAUGUUGGGGCUGAGUUGGAACUGGAUGUUCAUUCAUCUCCUUAUCUGAAAGGUGGGUUGAACUUGGUUGGGUUUCAUAGUUUAGAGACAUACCUUCAUCUUAUAGAUGGGUACUUGAGUUCGGAGACACUGUUCAGGUCAGAAGCAAGGAGGGACGUUGCACUAGUUAACAAGUCAUGUGAUAUGCUUGUUGAUGAGCUCAGAAUUCCACAUUCUUGGUACCAAUUGGCCAACAAAGGAUUGGUUUGUAAUGCUCAUGGACGAUGGGUUAAGCCCGAAAGAGACCCGGAUGAUAUUCCUUCACAUGCUUGUCAAGUGUACAAUGAUCAUCUUGGAAUUGUAAUGUAA